GCUAAGCAACACAUUUGAUCAAUUCAAGCAGCUAACCAAAACCGUGCUGCCUAAUGAAAUGAAUUGCUCCCUUGUACAACAUGAGAUGAUUCCUCCUCAGUUCCCGCCGGAACUUUCUUCUAACCGACAUUUCUUUUUCUGCUGCUAAGUGCUGACCACAAACUACUGAAAUGGAGAAACCCUGGAUGAUAUUUCCACCGCAGCACUUACAGGUGAUUUUUUGCAGUGUAUGGCACAACAGCAGGGAGAACAACAAAAACAACUUGCCCAAGUGAUCGAAGUGUUUUCUAGAGUAUCAACCUCCUGUAAUGCCUUGAUGUGGAACUACAUCGGAUGUACCCGCUGUGGAUGACUGGAUGAGGCGUAGUGAGGAGGUAUGGGAGCAGACGCAUCAACGCAUAGAAACCGUAUUGCAACGGCAAAAGAAUCAAGCAGAUCGCCAUCGAGGAAAUACUCCCACCUAUCAACCAGGAGACCGGGUGUGGCUGUCAACACGAGACUUCAGGAUCUCAGAGGGGAGUAAAAAAUUAUCACCCAAAUACAUUGGUCCAUAUAAAAUUUUAAAACGUAUUAAUGAUGUCACAUAUAAAUGGGAUUUACCUGGGCAUUCUCGUAUGUCAAAUUCUUUUCAUGUAUCUCUCCUGAAACCGGUUGUCACAGGUCCACUGAACGAGACCAUGUCUGGUGAGACUCCUCCACCUCCGGUGAUUGUUGAUGGGACACCUGUUUAUGCUGUCCAUCGGUUGCUGGAUUCGAGACGACGUGGGGCCAGUCUGCAAUACCUGGGUAACGCGAGUGACGUCUUAUAACCAAAUGACGUCACGAUGCGGACCGGUUGGUAUUGUGACGUCACUGGAGAGAGAGUAUAAAUACAGGCGCUUCACUUCAGCAGGUCAGAGCUCGGUGUGAGAUUCUACUCAGCGCUUCUACUGCAGCUAAUACAGGUGACGGGACCAACAGGACCGGGUACGAGCGCACUGGAAAUCAUGGAGCCUGACUGGGGACAGCACCUGAACUACUGGGCUCAAAAGCAGCUGAGAAAAGAGAGAGAUGUGAUGGACAUGAUUGUUAUUGAGAUCGAGGAAUUGGAAAGCCAGAUGCAGGAGACUGGUGAAGAUAGAGGACAGGGUCAGUGCAAGCUGGACAUCAUCGAGACUGACAGGGGAGACGACAUGAAAAACAUGACAAAAGAAAUUGAGGACAUGGAAAGCAGAAUACAAGAGUUUAAUAAAGACAUAGGACAGGGUCAGUGCACACUGGACAUCAUCGAUGAGUCCAAGAUUAACUGGGGAGAGAGCACGACUUGUGGGCUUCUAGAGAAAUAUAUGAUGGAAAUGAUGACAGAAAAAAUUGAGGAUAUGAAAAACAAGAUACAAGAGUUUAAUAAAGUCAUAGGAGAGGGUCAGUGCAGACUAGAAAUGAUUAAUGAGACCAAGAUUGAUAGGGUAGAGCGCACGACUCUUGGGCCUCUGAAGCAAAUGCAAAAAGACAGAGAUGUGAUGGAAAUGAUAAUGAUAGAGAUUGAGGAUUUGGAAAGCCAGAUACAAGAGUCUGAUGAAAACACAGGACAGAGUCAAGGCACACUGGACAUCAUCGAUGAGACCAAGAUUGAUAGGGUAGAGCACUCGGACUACUGGGGUCAAAAGCAGCUGCAAAAAGAGAGCGAUAUGAAGGGUCAGUGGAAACCUGAAAUCAUCAAUAAGAAUAAGAUGAACUGGGGAGAGAGCACGACUUGUGGGCUUCCAGAGAGAGAUAUGAUGGAAAUAAUGAGAAGAUAUUGAGGAUAUGGAAAACACAAUGCAGGUGUAUAAUAAGGACAUAGGGCAGGGUCAGUGCACACUGGACAUCAUAGAUGAGACCAAAAUAAACUGGGGAGAGCACAUGACUUGUGGGCCUCUGAAGCAGCAGAACAAGAACAGAAUGAUAAAAAUGAUGAGGAAAGAGAAUAAGGAUUUGGUAAGAAAGAUCCAAGAGCUUGAAACUGAAAAAGAGGAAUUAGAAGAGCUGAUGGGCAUUGAGAGGAAGAGGGACAAGGCUAUGAGAAAAACCCUGAGAAAGAGGAUGGACCCAGCUAUUAAAGAAGCUGAAAAAGAGGAAGAGAAGAAGCAGCGUGAUCAGUUCCUGCUAAUCAAAUCAUUAAGAUCAAAGAUUGAGAAGCUCACCGCCUGUCACAGUCCAGACCCAAAACCAGAGUCCCAGAUGAAAAUUACAAAGAAGCUGGGACCAGUCUGGACUCGGAUGGUGGGUGAAAAAAUAAAGGCAGAGAAGAAAAACCAAGAGCUGCUUAAACAGGUCAAUGAUCUCCAAGCUGCAGCACAACUGCGUAAAGAAAAGCAAAGCCAGACAGAAACGGAGCUACAAAGCAGGUUAGAAUCGGGGCGACUGGAGAACAAGUCAAAGAGGAGAGCAGAGCAGCGGGCGACAGAGCCGACACCCAAAAAGAAGGAGACUGAGGGAGGAAAUAAGAAGAAGUCGUGGUUCCUCAAUCUAAUCCAUAAAAAAGAGAAGAAAUGGUCAGAGAAGAAAAAGAACCUGGAGCUAAACAGGGAGAUGGAGAGAUCCUAUCUAGAGCUGCAGCUUCAAACUAAUGAAGAGCUGCAUGUCUCCAUGAUGGUGAACCAGGCUGCUCUGAAGCAGAAGAUGCUCCAGGAGCUGAAACAAAAACAGCUAAGGAACAUGAGUGAGACAGAAAUGAAAGAAAGAAAGAAGCAGGAGGAGAAAGAGUGGAAGGAAAUAGAGAAGGAGUGUAAGAAAGCAGAGAAAAAGAAGGAGGCUCAGAAUGAGAGGAAAAAUAAAAAGUGGUGGAAGAUAAGAUGGUUCACCAAGAAGCUUUAAAUUAAAAGAAAUGUUGCUCCACAUGUUGGGAAACGUGGAGCUAAAAAAUUGGCAACAAUUCUGCACAAAAGUGAUGAAGUGGUCACAACACUGUGCAAAAGUGCUCGGGGAAACAUUCAUGUGCAACAAUUGUGUGCAAAAAAAAUUAAAUAUUGGACCUCAGAGCACAAAGUAGUGGAGUGGUCACUCUGCUAUUGGCCACAGAGAACAAAAAUAAUUAAAAUGUUGUGAGCAAAGAUAAAAUUUGGUCGCCAUAGUGGCGGGGUGGUGGAGUGGUCACACUGACCCGGGACCUAAAUUAUUAAAAACAUCCAUUUUACCACAAUUGUGUACAGAAAAAUAAAAUAUUGGCCCCCAGAGUACAUAGUGGUGGAGUGGUCACUUUGCUCUGGCCAAAAAAACUAAACUAAACAAAACAUAAAUAUAAAAUAAUAGAUAAAUAUCGGUCGCCAUAGUGGCGGGGUGGUGGAGUGGUCACACUGACCCGGGACCUACAUUCUUAAAAACAUAAAGUAACAACAAUCAUCAGUUUGUGUGCAGAAUAAAAGACUAUAAAUAUUGUUUCAUUUUAAUUCAUUUAAAUGCUUCUCCAGGUCACCUGAGGGGGAUGGAGGUUCCUGUCGAGUCUGGUUCCUCUCAAAGUUCCUUCCUGUAAUUUUAGGAGAGUUUUUCUCUGCCACUGUCGCCCUCGGCAGAUCAACAGGGGUGGUGGAGAUAUCCCACUGACCUGAAAUAAAUAAAUACUUCAUUUAGUUUAGUAGAAAUCGAGUGUAUAAACAGUACUGGUCCCCAUAGUGGGUGGCGGGGGUUUGGUCACAUUGAUAAAACUGUAACCACACUGUAGACUGUAGACACAGUAGGACCAGUUUGGUGUAGAAACUCCAGUGACCUGCAGUGACCCUGAUCCCUUCAUUAAAACCUGGUUAUGAUUGAGGCAUUAAAGAAAAUGUUUUAAUAAAAUGUUAAAAAUG